AUGACUUCCAAGUUUCUUCUUCUUUUUCUUCUUGGUUCUCUUGUCUAUAACACCUACAGUAGGAAGCUUGUAAGCUCAAAGACUUCUCUGGAAAAAGAACAAGGAUUGUUUCACUGCAGAGGAUUAGGUGGUGGAGGCGGUGGUGGAUUCGUAGGUGAGGGUGGAGGUGUUGGUUCUAGUGGUGCAACAGGCUUUGGUGGAGGUGCUGGUGCUGGUGGAAUAGCAGGUGGUGGACUUGGUGGAGGUGGAGGUGGAGGUGGUGGUGGAGGGUUUGGGGGAAGCGAUGGCGGUGGUAGGGGAGUAAGUGGUGGGACUGGUUUCGGAGGAGGAGCUGGUGGUCGGUUUGGAGGAGGGUCUAGACUUGGUGGUGGUGGUGCUAUGCUCGAGUAA